ACCAAUAGCACCGUCUCAGGACGUACGCAGGUUUCACAGUGUGUUUCUCGUGGUCGUAGAGGUCCAGAGAAGAAACGAAGGCGUCAGAUAGACAUGAGGGCGUACCGGCUGACCGGACUCGGAUGCAGGGCUGGAUGUUCAUGCUGGAAGACACCGCAGAAUGGAGGAAGUUCUGGUUCGUGCUGAACAGCUCCGGAUUGAGAUACUACACCCACCUCGAAGACGAGGAGAGGGACGAACCGGACGGCGAGAUCGAUAUUCGCCGCGGUCUGAAGGUCGUGGAGUUCGAAGCAGAUAUGAACUACGGUCUUCAGAUUCAGAUGCCGGACGCCGAGAUCACUUUGUCAGCCGUGACCUCCCGCGUCAGGAAGAACUGGAUCGAGUCUCUGCGGAGCUGCAUCAGAGCCGCCGAGUCACCUGACAUCAUACAACAACCGUCCAGCUCUUUACACCCAGUCCGAGUCAAUUCAGGGUCGGAGGUCAUCACCCCACGUCGAGACGUGCCGGCCGCGAUGCCGUCUUCCGAUCGGCGGGAAGCGGGCGUGGGCAUAGACCAGGAGCAGGAAAGGCGAUUCGGGGACAGGACCAAGUGGUUCCGGGAAGGACUCGAGGACAGAGAGAGCGACAGCCCGUGGAGCAGAUUGGAGCUGAAAAAGGGCGUGGCCGUGCAGAUCCACGAGGCCGAGGCCGACAUCGAGGUGAAGUGGAAGGAUUUAGAGAAGAUUCCUAUCGGGGAAAUGAGGCCGCUGUCUCCGAUCGGCUCGCAGGCUCCAGCGGAAUCCGGCGAAGUGCUGCAGACCGAGGUGUCGUCUUCGAGGCAGCAGGUCGAGGAGCUGCGCGAGGGACGGAUCGAACCCGGGGCUCCGGGUCAGUGCGGGCCGGGCUCGCGCUGCGCCUCCAGGCUGGAGCAGAUGGAGAGAGAGCACAGGGAGAAACUCCAGGAGAUGGAGAGAGAGCAGGAGAGAGAGAGGAGAGAGAUGGAGAGACGGAGAGAUCAGAUGCUGAAGGAGGAGGCGCAGCAUGCAGCAGGAGCUAUGGAAGCUUUGAGGAAAAUCCAUGGUGCAGAGAUGGAGAGGCUGAGAGGCGGAGAACAGUCAGACGUCUCUGCUGUCAUGUCGGAGUCUCUCUCUCUGAUGCAGCAGCAGUUGGACGCUCUCUCUGACCGUUACUCUCGGAGAUGUUUGGAGCUGAACGAGCUGCAGGACUCGACAGGACUGAGACACUCGCAGCUCCAGGAGAGAGAGAAACAGAUCCGAGUGCUGCAGAAAGAGAACCAGGAACUGCAGGCGUAUCUGACCGAGGAGAUGGCUGCCAUGCGGUCCUUCCUCACGGGUCAAAGUUCAGGCGACGUGCCACCGGGCAGUGACCAACACAGCACCUCGGAGAUACAGUUGAUGCUGAGAGCAAAGGAGAACGAGGUCGAGUACCUACGCAGGGAGAUCGGCUGUCUCAGGAGCGAAGUCCAGUCUUUAACCCAGGAGAAGGAGGAGCUGAGCGAGCGCUAUAAGGAGGUCUACGUGGAGCUGUGUGAGGUAAAGGGACUCGGUAAGAGAGAGGUCGGCACCCUGAAGGAACACCUGAGACUGGCCAACGCCGCGCUGGACGAGGAACGGCGGCACGGCAAAUAAAAGCCGCCGAGAACCGGUCUCGCUCUGGACUGAACUGCUCGCUGAGGACGUGACCGGAUACUUUAGAAUGAGGUUUACAGGACAGAGUCAGUCUGUGUCAUAAUAUGUGGACACACUUGAAUGGUGGGAACAUUUUCAAAUGAGUCAGAUUGCUCUUUUCACCCAAUCCGGUUGUGCCCAAUUGGGGCGGGGUC